UCCCCCGAGCCAUGCGCCCGCCCGGGCAAGGUCUCCGGGGCCGUCCCCGCCCAACCCGCGGCCUCCACGCAGCGCACUCACCGGUCGCCGACCACCACGCACUUGAUGGUCGGCCUGAGACGCCGCUGACACCAGAUGUGGGGAUUCAACCUGGGCUCCAGCAGUUCCCGUCAGCGAGGGCUAAAACUGGGUGGCAUGGGGGACCGGCUGCGGCGCGGGCACCCGUCAGUACUCCUGGGAGGCCUAGGUGGCCUUCUUGCUGUCCACGGGCACCCUCGGCCCCACGGUGGCGCUAGACUUCUUGGGCGGCAGCACGGCCUGUAUAUUGGGCCGGACGCCUCCCUGGGCGAUCGUCACACCGCCCAACAGCUUGUUGAGCUCCUCGUCGUUGGGGAUGGCCAGCUCCGGAAUCUCCGCUGUAAAGUAAUGGUCCUUGAUGAAGAGGGAUGCCUACCAAGGGGCUGAGGAACCGCCGCCCACCAAGCGUUCCCAACCAAACAUAAGACUGUCCAGAUCGUGGCCAAGAAACUCCUAAAAGACAUCUUCACAAGCUGGGAUUUCCCCAUAAACAUCUUCUGAGAAGAAAAUCUGGAGGAGAAGGUGAAAGAAGAAAUGGCUAGUUCUCAGGCAAAAAGCAAGCUUAGCUGGACAGUAGCCAGACUCCAGGAUCCAGGACUGCUGACCUUCAGGGAUGUGGCCGUAGAAUUCUCUCAGGAGGAGUGGGGAUGCCUGAGCCACAGUCAGCGGGAUCUGUACAGGGAUGUGAUGUUAGAGAACUAUGGACACCUCCUCUUCUUGGGUUUUGUUGUGUCAAAGCCGGACCUGGUCAUCUUUUUGGAACAAAAGAGGGAGCAAUCGGAUGUGAAGAGAAAGGAGACAGUAGGCUCCUACCCAGCAGUGUCUUCAAAUGGCCCUCAGAGCCUCCUUCCAAAGAUGUGCAGAGAAACUGCUUUCCAAAGAGUGUCAGUGGGUAGAUGUAAAGAGAGCGUCAUUGAGAAUGGACUCUUAGUGAUAGACGGGAACAGUGUUGGGGAGACAGAAGGGCAUCAAAGAUGUCAUGAAGCACCUAUGCACAUGGAGACAAGGGUCCAUUAUAAGAGUCUCACUGCCCCAAUCGGUGAAAGUUCUAAAGCAUUUUGGGUAACGCCCAUUUCGAAGUCCAUUACUUCUGGAAAGCAGUAUGUUUCUAUAGGCAAAGGCUCAAAUCAAGUGGUGAAACACACAUAUUUGCAGAACAAAAAUUUUGAAAAUCUGGUAAGUGACCUUGUCCAUCUUGAAAACACACAUUUUGGUAAGUGGCUUUCAUUUGAAGGGUCCUUCUCUGAGCAAUCGACCUUAAACCUUAACCACAGCAUUUUCAAUGAAAACAGAAUUGCUUAUUGCAGUGAAUCUGAGACAAUACUUAACCAGGGUUCAAAUGUUAUGAAACAUCGAAGGACAUGUUUGUCAGAGAACCAUUAUGAAUCAAAUAAAUGUAAAGAAGUGUUUCAUGAAAGCUCCAACCUUCUUAUACAUAAGAGUACACAUUUGGGAGAAAAUCCUUCAAAAUAUAAUGAUUGUGGGAUAAUUCCUAACCAGUCCUCUAAUGAUCAUGAUCAUCAGAGGAUUCAUGUGGGAAAAAAGCUAUCUACAUGCAGUGAACUUGGGAACCUGCUUAGUGAGUCAUCAAGGCUAAAGAUAAAUAAGACAAUGCAUACUGGAGAGAAAGAAUACAUUUGUAAGGAUUGUGGCAGAGCCUUCAAAUGGCACUCAGCACAAAUUCAACAUCAACGAGUGCAUACUGGAGACAAACCUUACAAAUGUGAAGAAUGUAGUAAAACCUUUAAUUAUGGCUCAUCAGUAAAUGGACAUAAACUAAUCAGUACUGGCGAGAAACCUUACCAAUGUAAAGAAUGUGGCAAGGCCUUUAACUGGCCCUCAGCUCUUAAUCAGCAUCACAGAAUCCAUACUGGAGAGAAACCUUACCAAUGUAAAGAAUGUGGCAAGGCCUUUAUCUGCCGCUCACUUCUUAAUCAGCAUCACAGAAUCCAUACUGGAGAGAAACGUUACCAAUGUAAAGAAUGUGGCAAGGCCUUUACCCACCGCUCAAACCUGAAUGAACAUCACAAAAUUCAUACUGGAGAGAAGCCUUACCAAUGUAAAGUGUGUGGAAAGGCCUUUUCCCAUUCUUCAAGCUUUACUGAACAUCACAAAAUCCAUACUGGUGAGAAACCUUACCAAUGUAAAGAAUGUGGGAAGGCCUUUAACCGGCCCUCAGCUCUUAAUAGACAUCACAGAACCCAUACUGGAGAGAAACCUUACCAAUGUAAAGAAUGUGGCAAGGCCUUUACCUGCCUCUCUGUUCUUAAUCGACAUCACAGAAUCCAUACGGGAGAGAAACCUUACCAGUGUAAAGAAUGUGGCAAGGCCUUUAUCUGCCACUCACUUCUUAAUCAGCAUCACAGAAUCCAUACGGGAGAGAGACCUUACCAAUGUAAAGAAUGUGGCAAGGCCUUUAAAAACCACUCAGCUCUUAAUCAACAUCACAGAAUCCAUACUGGAGAGAAACCUUACCAAUGUCAAGAAUGUGGCAAGGCCUUUAAUAACCACUCAGCUCUUAAUCAACAUAAUAAAAUUCAUACUGGAGAGAAACCUUACCAAUGUACCAAAUGUGGCAAGGCCUUUACGCACCGCUCAAACCUGAAUGAACAUCACAAAAUUCAUACUGGAGAGAAGCCUUACCAAUGUAAAGUAUGUGGCAAGGCCUUUUCUCACUCUUCAAACUUUACUGAACACCACAAAAUCCAUACUGGUGAGAAACCUUACCAAUGUAAAGAAUGUGGCAAGGCAUUUACACAUCGCUCAUCCCUUAUUCAACAUAACAGAAUCCAUACCAGAGGGAAACUUUACCAGUGUAAAGAAUGUGGCAAGGCAUUUUCCCACAACGUAAACCUUACCAAACAUCACAAAAUCCAUACUGGAGAAAAACCUCACCAAUGUAAAGAAUGUGGCAAGGCCUUUAACAGCCACUCAGGUCUGAGUCAACAUCACAGAAUCCAUACUGGGGAGAAACCUUACAAGUGUAAAGAAUGUGACAAGGCCUUUUACUGGUCCUCAGCCCUUAAUCAACAUAACAGAGUCCAUACUGGAGAGAAACCUUACCAAUGUAAAGUAUGUGGCAAGGCCUUUUCCCACUCUUCAAACUUUACUGAACACCACAAAAUCCAUACUGGAGACAAACCUUACCAAUGUAGAGAAUGUGGAAAGACCUUUACCCAGCACACAAAUCUAUGUGCACAUCAGAAAAUUCAUACUGGAGAGAAACCUUACCAAUGUAAGGAAUGUGGCAAGGCCUUUACGUACCGCUCGUACCUUAUUCAACAUCACAGAAUCCAUACUGGGGAGAAGCCUCACCAAUGUAAACAAUGCGGCAAGGCCUUUACCCAACGAUCAAGCCUUACUCGACAUCACGGAAUUCAUACUUGAUGGAAACCACUGUAAAGAAUGUUCUAAGGUCUUUCAUCAGUCUUUAUUCUUUAUUCAUUAUCACAGAAUUCAUACUGGAGGAAAUCUUCCAGACUUAAGGAAUGUGAAAAACAUUUUGUAGACAGCUCACCCCUUACUUCACAAUGGAAAAUGUAGAGAAAGUUGCAGGGUUUAUGAGUGGAAUUUGAUCCUUAAUCAAUAUCCUAAAGUACACAAGAGAUGUAAAUUCUACAGACAUAAUGAAUGAGGAAAGGCCUUCAUAUUAAAUGUACACGUUAGCAAGCACCAGAAACUUCUUCAUAAAAGAAGGUACCUUGAAAGAUUUAAAUCUUUAGAAGGAUAUUUAACGGAAUAUCAAAUGUCAACAAAUGUCACAGAAUUCACCUUGAAAAGUACUACGUCAGUCUCUACUCAGACACACGUCAAGAUACUAAUUAUAAGGAAUAAACAAUAUUAAACAGUGUAUAUGCCAUUAUGCCUCAAAAGAUUAAUUGGAUCAGUUUUUCAUAGGCACGUUAAUUUCAGUCUGUGCUCUGUUUUUUUAUCACCUCAACCCUAUGUGACAUUUGUGACUAGUAAACAUUAAUAUAUUUCUACUCUCGAAUUACUUCCAAAAUUCAUUAAUUCCCAGUGGGUUUUGAAAAUUACAUGGCUGAUUGUUGAUGCAUGAAAGAUAUGACAUGCCCUUCUUCAAUAAUUGUGACUCAUGUGUCAUUGUCAUGGAAGAUGAACAACAUAAUAUACAAUUUAUAAAGAAACUUCAUGGA